CGCAUAAUCAUUACCAGAAUCAAAAGCGAAAUUGGUGACUGAACAGAUAGGAAGAGGGGCUGAAAUGUAGGGUUGCGGAGGGCGGCAUGAUUGGUCACCGCCCGGUGCUUUGGCGACAUGAAGAGAAGCUCCGGGAAAUUUUGGUUUGGUCCGCCAGCGUUAUUGAACUCCUGGACUGUCAGGGCCAUCCAUCUCCGUUUCCAGUUUCCCCAUCCAGUCGGGACUAUCGCCCUCGUUCUUCUUGUCAUUUCUUUCCCCCCUCUACUUUAAUUAAUCAAAAUGGCCUUCGCCGGCCAAACCCCCACCAUCAUUGUGCUCAAAGAGGGUCCGCAACCCGCCCGCAUUCUGAACCCCCCUCUCCGUCUGUGUGUUGUUCAGAUGAAUCUGUUAGCUGACACUGUCUCUCGAUGAUUUCUAGGCACGGAUGCUUCUCAAGGAAAGGGUCAGAUCAUUUCCAACAUCAAUGCCUGUGUGGCUGUCCAAUCCACGAUCAAGAGCACUCUCGGUCCGUAUGGAGGGGACUUGUUGCUGGUCGACUCCAACGGCAAGCAGACCAUCACGAACGAUGGAGCCACGGUGAUGAAAGUACGUUGAGACAUUUUGGGUCCUCGGGUUCUCGACACGAAAAAGUUGGAAUACUGAUUGUGCCAUUCUCACAACCUUAGCUCCUCGAUAUCGUCCACCCCGCCGCCCGCAUUCUCACCGAUAUCGCCCGGUCUCAAGAUGCUGAAGUGGGAGACGGCACAACGUCGGUCGUGGUUCUCGCCGGUGAGAUCCUGAAGGAAGUCCGGGAAUUGGUCGAGCAGGGGGUCAGCGCACAGACGAUCAUCAAGGGUCUACGGAGGGGCAGCGCCAUGGCCGUCAACAAGGUGAAGGAAAUUGCCGUCGACAUCAUCCAGGCGUCGGAGAGCGAGGAGAAGAAGGUGGAAACGCUACGACGAUUGGCCGGAACCGCCAUGAACAGCAAGCUGAUCAAGCGCAACGCCGAUUUCUUCACCAAGAUGGUUGUCGAUGCCGUGCUUUCACUUGACCAGGACGACCUGAAUGAGAAGUUGAUCGGUGUCAAGAAGGUGACCGGUGGUGGUCUCCAGGAUUCCCUGUUCGUCAACGGUGUCGCUUUCAAGAAGACCUUCUCGUACGCCGGUUUCGAACAGCAGCCCAAGUCCUUCAAGGACCCCAAGAUCGUGUGCUUGAACGUUGAGUUGGAGUUGAAGAGCGAGAAGGACAACGCGGAGGUUCGCGUCGAGCAGGUGUCCGAGUACCAGGCCAUCGUCGAUGCCGAGUGGCAGAUCAUCUACAACAAGCUCGAGGCCAUCUACAAGACGGGGGCCAAGGUUGUUCUCAGCAAGCUGCCUAUUGGAGACUUGGCUACGCAGUACUUCGCGGACCGCGACAUCUUCUGUGCCGGCCGUGUCUCGUCGGACGAUAUGGACCGCGUGUGCCAGGCCACCGGCGCGGCCACGCAGUCGACGUGCAGUGACAUCCAGGAACGUCACCUGGGUACCUGCGGCUCGUUCGAGGAGCGCCAGAUCGGUGGAGAGCGGUACAACCUGUUCGCCGAAUGCCCCGGCGCCAAGACGUGUACUCUGGUGCUGCGUGGUGGUGCCGAGCAGUUCAUCGCCGAGGUCGAGCGUAGUCUGCACGACGCCAUCAUGAUUGUCAAGCGUGCUCUGCGCAACACCACCAUCGUCGCGGGCGGUGGCGCCACCGAGAUGGAGCUGUCCAGCUUCAUGCACGGCUUCGCCGACCGCAACGUGCCUCACAAGCAACAGGCGGUCGUCAAGGCGUUCGCCAAGGCCCUGGAGGUGAUCCCCCGACAGCUGUGUGACAAUGCCGGCUUCGACGCCACAGACAUCCUGAACCGUCUGCGCGUGGAACACCGCAAGGGUAACGUGUGGGCCGGUGUGGAUUUUGACCACGAGGGUGUCCGGGACAACAUGGCGGCGUUUGUGUGGGAACCCAGUCUGGUCAAGGUCAAUGCCAUCCAGGCGGCCGUCGAGGCGGCAUGCUUGAUCCUGAGUGUGGACGAGACGAUCAAGAACGAAGAGUCGGCUGCGCCUCAGGCACCGGGCCGUGGACUUCCUCCCGGUGCGGCCCAGCGAGCUCUUGGAGGCGGCCGAGGACGCGGUAUGCCUCGCCGGGGUCGGUAAUCGAUAGAUGUCAAUUUCAUAUGAGGGAUGGGAUAGUCCAAAGACCAAUUAUACAAAAAAGCAAUUGCUACGUAGUACAAUUCUACUAUUUUUGGUGGUCUUUUGUUUAUGCCUAUGAUGUAA